AUGUUCUCCAGCGACAAGGCAGCGCGCCAGUCCAGCGGCGGGAAGAGCUUCUUCUCGCGCAACAAGAACAAAGGAAACACUGAUGCACCCGCGCUGCCGGACAAUGCAUCGCGGCACUCGCACCGAAGCUCGAUAUCGACGGCGGAGCAGGACGAGUACCUGAGGCUGCAGCAGACGGCGGACCACAGUGGGCUCGCUAUGCAGGCGGGGGUCAUCACGUCGAUACCCUACGACUCGACGUCCAGCAACCGGCCGCCGAUGCUGGUGGAUCAUGCGGACAGGCCAGUCUCGCGGCGGGAUCCACUGCCACACCACCUGAACAAAGGCGGCGGUGACUUCCACCAGUACCCCGUUUUCGACGCAAAAUGUGGACCACCUGUUCCGCCCAAACACAGUGCUGUCGCACGUGCAGGCACUGGUCGAUCGUUCGAGUCCGACGCCUUCACGCUCAACGGCGGGUACGCACAGUCGCGGAACUCUAGCGACCACGGCAGUAUACGAUCGAAUUCGUCGCAUGGCCGGCAGCAGUACAUGCAAGGAAAUGCUAGUCAAGCAUCUUUCGCAACAGGUGACUUUGGUCACUUACCACAGCUAGGGCAAGCUAUCACACAGGAACGAGACCGACAUCAGCAUUAUCUCAACGCCCACAACCCUUCUGCUUUCUCAAGCCAGGCUUCGUUCACACCCGACGGUUUCAUCUUGCACAGACCCAAGGAUGACAAAGUUAUCGAGAAAGAGUUCUUGGAGUUGAUGCUAAAGCGUGGUUGGAAGAGUCUGCCAGAGCAAGCAAGAAGACAAAUGGAGGCAUAUCCCAUCAGCAAGAAGUGGACCUUGGUUCACCAGGAUAGACUGGCGGAAUGGCAAGGGGAGCAGAAGAAGAGGAGCAUGGCUCGAAACACGAUCAUCAGCCAGCACGGUGGCCACGGUAACACGAGCAGCGGCUGGGCAGACUACAGCAGGGUCGACGAAGAGGGCAGUCCGCAGUGGUAUGUCAAGAGGAUUCUGGAGAACACAAUUUCGCCGAAACAGCUGCAAAGCCUGUCUGUCAGCUUGCGCACACAACCCAUUGCCUGGGUAAAGGAGUUCGUGGAAGCACAGGGUCAGAUUGCUCUGACAAACACGCUUGGAAAGCUGAACAAAAGGCAAGGCUCUGGUCCUGCGCCAGCAACGGGUUCAACUACCGAGAGAGACCUGGACCGCGAAUACGACAUUGUCAAAUGUCUGAAGGCUUUGAUGAACAACAAGUAUGGCGCCGACAACGCCCUCCAGCACGACACAAUCGUGAUGGCGUUAGGUGCCUCCCUCACAUCGCCUCGACUGAAUACGAGGAAGCUCGUUUCCGAGCUGCUGACAUUCUUGUGCCACUGGGCAGAUGGGCAAGGCCAUCUCAAGGUACUGCAAGCCCUAGAUCACCUCAAAGCACAGCAAGGAGAGAAUGGCCGAUUCGACGCCUGGAUGCGCAUCGUGGAAGUCACCAUCGAUGGGCGAGGCAAGAUGGGCUCGCUGGUGGGAGCAUCCGACGAAGUACGAAGUGGUGGCAUUGGUAUGGAGAACCUGCUCAUGGAGUACGCCGUGACCUCGCUCUUCCUGGUCAACUCUGUCGUCGACGCGCCAGAGCGAGACUUGCACCUACGAUGCCAUCUACGAGCGCAGUUCGUGGCUUGCGGCCUGAAGCGCAUCCUGAAGAAGAUGGAGGACUUCCAGUACGACGUCAUUGACAAACAGAUUGAACGAUAUCGGACGAAUGAAGCUAUCGACUAUGAAGAUUUGCAGGAGCGUGAGGGGAGCUCCAUGCACGAAAGCAUGGAAGGCGAGGGCAAGGACCUGAACGAUCCCGUACACAUCGUCGAAGCAAUUCAGCAACGACUGGCGGGCAGCAAGGAGACAGACUACUUCAUCUCUGCGUUACAGCAUCUCCUGCUGAUUCGCGAUAAUGAGGGCGAAGAUCGCCUCAAGCUCUUCCAGCUCGUUGAGAGCAUGCUUUCGUAUGUGGCCAUGGAUCGAAGACUGCCCGACAUGGACCUCAAGCAGUCUUUGAACUUCUCAGUGCAGAGCUUGAUGGACAAGCUGUAUACAGAUUCGGAAGCUCGACACGCACGAGAAGCAGCCCAUGAGGCGAAGCUCAUUGCCGAUGCGGCCAUUGCGGAGCGCGAUGAGAUGGCAUCUCAAGUUGAGAUGGGCGCAGAGGGAUUGGUCGCUAAGCUUCAGAAGCAACUCGAGGAGCAAGCAGCAGUCAUCGAUCUCCAAGCACGACAGACAGAGGCCUUCAAGGCAGAACUUGCGGAUCUGCAGAGAGUGCGUGCCCAAGAGCUGCAGCGAAAUGAGCUUGAGACCCGAGAACUGUGCCUCAUGCUCCGUGAUGCUCAAGACAUUGCAGACUCGCACAAGAAGCAGAGUGGCAAGAAUGGUGAGAAAGUAGACCCAGCCGCAAUGCAAGGGAUUCUCGACCGCGAGAGACUCAUGGAUCGACUUGAGAUGCAGCUAGAGCGGGCAAAGACACAAGCCAAAUUGGAGGGCAAGGUCUGGCAGCAGUUCAACCCUAGCGACAAGCUUAGAGAGCUUCGCGAGAAGAUGGAGGGCGCUGGCAUGGACGCAGACAACAUGGAUGCGCAGAUGCAAUUCAUGGGUACUACCGCUCCCAGGGCAAGAAGCGCUAUCCAACGCAAGCCCAUCGUCAAGACGCUCAACCACGAAGCUGCAGUCAGCGAAGAAGACGAGAACGAUCUUGCUGAUGACGAUAUUGUCUUCGAGAAGCCACGACUGGUCGAGAUGAAGCGCCCUAAGGUCCCCAGCUCUGUCGCUCAAGCUCAGCAGGGCAUGCUUUCUGAGCUCACCAGCAAGACCCAAAGACUUGACGCCAGCGACGAUGAGGGCGACGGAAUCACUACUGGUCCUAGCCAUCCCAGCUUGGAGAGCGAGAGCCCGAAGACACCUACUAGCGAGAGCAUGGAUCAGCCUGGGGACAAGUUUGAAGGUGCUGCUGCACCUCCAGCUCCACCUAUGCCUUCAGGAUUUGAUGGCGGACCUCCACCGCCCCCGCCACCAAUGCCAGGCUUCAACAGCAGCGCACCUCCUCCACCGCCUAUGCCUGGCUUCUCCAACAAUGCACCUCCCCCGCCACCACCUCCGCCUGGAAUGCCAGGUUUUGGUGGAGCAGCUCCUCCCCCACCUCCUCCGCCUCCUGGAUUCGGUGCGCCUGGAUUUACAAAUGGUGGGCCCCCACCUCCGCCAAUACCUGGCGCACCGCCGCUGCCAGGUGCCAAGUCUGGAGGCUUCUUACCCAAGCCAAUCUACACAGGAGCACCUGGCUCAAUUGGACCAGUCGCACCACGUCCCAAGAAGAAGCUCAAGGCACUGCAUUGGGAGAAGGUCGAUUCGCCCGAAAUCACUGCAUGGGCGUCGCAUACACCAACGACUGAGAGCAAAGAGGAGAAGUACCAAGAGCUCUCUAAGAAGGGUAUUCUCGACGAGAUUGAGAAGUUGUUCGGCGCGAAAGAGAUCAAGAUACUCGGCAAGGGCAGCGGAAAGGCUAAGAGCGAUAAGAAGCAAGUCAUCAGCCGAGAUCUUAUGCACACCAUGCAGAUCAGUCUGGCCAAGUUCUCGACUCUGGAUGCUGACGAGAUUACAAGAAUGGUCAUACACUGCGACAAGGAGAUACUGGAUAACAGCACUGUUCUCGACUUCUUGCAACACGAACAGCUGUGCACUAUCCCUGACAAUGUUGCUAAGCUUUUGGCACCCUACAGCAAGGACUGGACAGGCCCGGAUGCUCUCAAGACCACACGUGAGCAGGAUCCGGCUGAGCUGACACGCGAAGAUCAACUUUACCUCUACACUGCGUACGAGCUGCACCAUUACUGGAAAGCUAGAAUGCGUGCGCUCGCUUUGACCAGAAACUACGAGACUGACUACGACGAGAUCUCCAAGAAGCUCAGCCAAGUAGUCAAUGUUUCAGAGGCGCUUCGUGACUCGGUGAAGCUCAUGCCAGUGUUCGGUCUCAUCUUGGACAUUGGCAACUACAUGAACGACUCCAACAAGCAAGCCGUCGGCUUCAAGCUCUCUUCGCUGGCCCGUCUCGGAAUGGUCAAGGACACGAACAACGAACAGACAUUGAUGGAUUAUGUCGAGCGUGUGGUCCGCAAGCAAUACCCACAGUACGAAGGCUUCGCCGAUGAUAUCGCGGGCGUCAUGACAACGCAGAAGAUCAACAUUGAGCAGCUGCAGGGCGACGCAAAGAAGUAUAUUGACAACGUCAACAACGUGCAAGCCAGUCUUGACAGAGGAAGUCUUAGCGAUCCGAAGAAAUUCCAUCCUGAAGAUCGUGUCAGCCAAGUGGUACAGCGCAGUAUGAAAGAGGCACGACGAAAGGCCGAGCAGAUGCAGCUCUAUCUCGACGAGAUGGGCAGGGUUUACGACGAUAUCCUUACAUUCUUCGGCGACGACAACAAGGAUGACAACGCAAGACGAGAGUUCUUCUCGAAACUUGCAAACUUCUUGCAAGAAUAUAGGAAAUCGCACGAGAAGAACCUUCUACUUGAGGAAGCUUGGCGCCGUAAUGAAGAGAACAUGCGCCGAAAGCAAAUGCAAGGCCAAAAGGCAUCAGCUGCUGUCAAUGUCAGUGAUGCUCCUUCCAGUCCAAACACAGGAGCCAUGGACGCGCUCAUGGAGAAACUGCGUGCUGCAGCACCACAAACAAGAGACACUCGCGAUCGUCGUCGCCGAGCUCGCCUCAAGGACCGGCACCAAAUCCGUGUGGCAUCCGGUCAAGAAAUCCCCGAGACCGGCGAGAACCUCGAAGGAGAGACGGGCCUGCUCAGUCCCACAGCUACCAACGAAUCCGGAGAAGGCACCAGCAGCGCCGAGCCUGCUUCUGAAGGCGAAGAUGUCGCAGAUCGCGCUGCCAGCUUGCUACAGGGUCUGCGUGGAAGCGAUAUGAGCAAUGAAGGUGAUGGUGGCUUGAGCGAAGUCCCAUCGAAUGGAGAUUCACUCAGAGUCCGGAGACGGCGCGAAAGCGCGAAUGACGAGAGAGCCCAGCGCCGAGCCAGACGACGCGCGCAGGGUACCAGCACCGAUACCACUGGACAAAGCAUCGCCGAAGAGGCCAAGGGACCAACCAUUUCCGUGGAUGGUACCAUCGACGAGGAAGCAGGCGCGGAGCCAGCGCUUCCGACGCCUACUACUAUCGUCGUGCCGCCCAGUCCUACGGCAUCGGAGGGCUUUCCAAAGGAUGUAUAA